AUGUCAAAAAUCAUCCCACGUAACCGUCCGCCCUCUUCUUCGUACCCGACCCCGGGUCCAUUGCCCAUUGCCCUAGCAAGUUUUGCAAACAUGUUCUGCGUGGGAACCUUGUACGCUCUUACCACACUCCAAAUGGAGCUGCCACGACUUCUUGACAUAUCGGGGCCUUGGUCACUUGCACCCUUUGGAGCCGCCUGUUUAGGACUUUCUGUUGGUGUGAUCACUUGUGCGUCACUGAUCGAACAAAAAGGUACCAGAAUUGUCGCUGCAUGGGGCACGGCACUUUGGGGCUUUGCCGUGGCGAGUGCAGGCAUCUUUCUGGCUAGAUUGAAUUUUAUUGCUAUUCUCGUUUCGCUGCUUGCUGGAGGCAUUGGUGUCGGCUGGACCUAUCUAGCAGUUGUUGUUUUGGUUGGGGAAGCCUUUUCUAACCUUUCGCUCGUCCGAAGUGCAAUCGGGCCUAUGGGUUUCUCAUCCGGAGCGGCGGCGUGCAUUAUGCUUGACUUCGUUUUUAAUUUUGCGUCUUUGGAUGCAAAUAGUCUCGGAGUUGGGGUUACGUCGGCAGGAAUUGGGUUUAUCGUCGUCGGAGCCGCUACUAUGGUCUUGGUGCCCAGUGAAAAGAGGAAGGCUCCUUCCCUUUUGAAGGCACAGAAGAGCGAAUCUGACUCCUUCUUGUUUGUUCUGCUUUUCUUGAACGCUUUACCUGGAAUGGUAAUUUUUGAUGCUUUGCUUCCUUUCGCAAGCUAUCACACGCAAGGCACGGAAUACAACCCUCUUCAAUUCUUGCCUUACAGCAUGAUCGCAUUGUUUUCUGGGGGCUGUUAG